AUGCGCCCCAUCCACUUCCUACUCCCGCUCAUUGCUCUUGCCCGUGCUCAGAGCAAUGCCGUGACCCCCCACUCUGUCACCCAAGUCCCCAUCCCUCAGAACCCAGUGUCUGCCCAUCCAGUCAGCUCAGCGCCGAUCGCCAGCAACACUGAUGUUUCUGCCCACCCAGUCUCAAUGGUGUCGAGGCCAGCAGAAUCUGCUGUCGAUGUACCAUACACUCUAUCGUGGUCGUCAACCAUAAUUCCACGCCCAACAGAGACCGGUAACCAUGGGGCAAACAACAAGGGCAAGAUAGCGGGAGGCGUGGUUGGUGGACUGGCAGUUGUCUUUGCAGUCCUUGGGACUUGCCUCUUUGUCCGCCUUCGCCGUCGGUCAACCCAGCACUGGCGAAAUCGCACUAAUGGUCACUGGCAAGACCAGGAAGGCAAACCUGACGGAGGACCCGUUUACGUGGGGAACUCUUUCGGUCGUGACGUCAAGGCACCCAGCCCUACCACGGCCGCCCCGCUUUUUAUUCGUGAACCUCGACUUCAACGAGGCCAUACUCGCGAUGACACGAUGGAAAUGACAGCCUCACCCACCAGAAACCAAUUUUGA